AUGCACUGCCUGUGCAUUGACGGAGACAUGGUCCCCCGUCCAUUGGGCCCGGCUCUUCACGCGGAGAAGCCCAACGAGCUCAUCCAUUUCGACUGGUUGUCGAUGCCCAUGGCCAAGUCUGGCCAAAAACAAUUGCUUGUCGUGAAGGACGACAUGAGUGGCUUUGUGCUGCUGUUCGCGGCAAAGUCCGCUGAUGCCGCCGCGACCGCUCAGUGCCUGAUGUCGUGGUUUUCCAUGUUCGGUUGCGUUGCCACAUGGGUCACGUGGAAGACGCUUUCCACGGACGUCGAAACGUUCAACGAAGUGAUCGAGAAGGUGCGGAAGUUGAUGGAAGUAGUCAACCGACUAGUGCUGCACGCCGUGAAGGCGCUGCUCAGAGAAAUGAAGCUGAAAGCGGACGAAUGGCCGCAUGUGUUGCCCCACGUUCAAGGUGCUCUCAACCAUCAGGCGGUGGGCCGACUAGGAGGAAUUGCACCUGUGACAGCGUUUACCGGUCUGCCAGCCAAGACACCGCUGGCAGGAUUUGUCCAUCCGACGUCCAAGGCAGUUAACGUCACGGACUGGCUUGGCGCUGGCCGUCAGAAACAUGUGAUGGACAUCCAAGCGGCUGACAACAACGUUGCGGUGCGAAGCGACAAGUUGCGUCAGCAAGCGUGUGGACGCCGCGACCGAAAAUCCCAAGUCAAGUUUGCAGGGUUUUCGGUCGGCGAAUUUGUGCUUGUCGGAUCGGUCGUCAACCGUCCGACAAAAUUGGCCCUGCAUUGGCGAGAACCCUGCCAAGUGACCAGAGUCAUCACAGACCAUGUGAUGGAGACUCAGCAGCUGGUGCCACCGUACGAAGUCACGGUCCACCAUGCGUGCCGACUGAAGAUGUGCCAUGAAGUUGGUAGAGAGGUGACCGAAGACCUCGAGGCACAGAUCGCGUUUGGCGAUGGCGGAUUUGACGUGGAGCGCCUGGACGAUUCUUCAUCGUCGAGUCCAAGCCACUUCACCAAGUUCGCUGGCCGGUACCAAGUUUUUGUGAAGUGGCUUGGACUCGACGAUGAAGAAUCGUCCUGGGAACCUGCGUCGAAUUUACUGGACGAUAUUCCAGUCGUAUUUCGCAAGUGGGCGGCGGCCAACAAGCAAGACCCUGCCGUAGCCGCCCUCAUCAAGACACUGGACUUUCCGUAA